AUGAUGGCAGAUCCGUUUGAGGUUCGCAUGCGCUUCACUGCGCAGCUACAGCAUCUGAAUGCCUCCGUCACUUCCUCGCAGAAAGCCGCGCAUUAUGCGCUCAAAUACCGCGACAUGGACGAGGACCUUCACUCGUGUAUUCUGGAACAGCUAGAAAGGAACAACAUGAACAACAGGGCUAAUAUCAUGUAUUUCAUCGAGCAAUUCUGCGAAAUGGCCACCAAAGAAGAUCACUCCCCUUACGUCCGGAUGAUACAAAGAGAUAUUCUGCGAGUCGUCGACGCCGUCGCCCCGGCAGACGGUUCAGGCGCAGCCAAUGUGAAGCACGUGCGCCGGGUUCUGAACGGCCUCCAGACCAAGGAAAUCCUCUCUGCCGAGACGGUAGCGGAAAUUGACGCCGGACUCAAGGAACGAGAAACUCACCCAGCACAUCUCGACCUGGAAGCCGAGGAGGGGCCCGAAGGCAGUGGGAAAUCAAAAAGUGGCACGCCACGCGGCACGAGGGGCAGCGGGGUGCGCGUGGACAAGCGACAGAUCGAACAGCGCAUUGAAGAAGACCGAGAACGAAACAAACGUCUCCGAGAAAGCAUGUGGACGGUGAGUGGUGAUGAUGGCGACGAGCAUGCUAAAUUCUGGGACGAGACCAGUGAUAUUGGAGAGGACGAUUUCAUUGCUGCAAAUGAAGAACUCACAGAACGCACACAAAUGCCCCCCAAAACAAACUCCACUUCGCCAGAAAAAGCGAUUGGCAGUAAACCGACCAUGGUUACCGCUACUAGACGGCGGACUCUUGAAGUCGCGCAACCGAUUACAGAUUCGAAUGUCGAGAUCCGGAUAAAUACGAGAUCGAAGCGCAAAUCCGAUACUGCCGCCGCUCCAACCACCCAGACUCGGGGCAGCAAGCGACGGAAGAGAGCAAGUCUGGAGUCGAACCAGGAAAUAGAGAGCGAACCGCAGAACGAAACUCCGGAGGCGACGCAGGAAAUCGAGGUUGCUCCUGAGCCUGAGCCUGAAGCUGAAACUCAACCGGAACUUGAACCGGAGCCCGAAGCUGUGCCCGAACCCAAAGAAAAACCGGCUACAAAUGGAAAGACCAAGCACUUCCGAUUUGAUAGUGAAGAACCAGAAAUCCCAUUAGAUACCCCGGCCGAAGAGAAUACAGAGACGCCCCAAGACAAGGAGGGUAGCGACGACGACAGCAGUGACGAUGAGGCCCCUGAGGCAAUUGACAACUCCGCGCAAUUGUCCAAGAUCAGGUCAGAAGCGAAGAAAUUGGAGCAAGCCAAGCAACUAGAGGAACAGUUGAAAAAGGAAAAGAGACGGCAAUUGGAUGAAUUGCGCAAAACACAGGCCAAGACCUCCAACAAAAAGAAAGACACUCUCGCCGAUGAUCUGCUUUCCGAGAGCACAGAAACCCUUCAAGGCUCUACUACGCAGGACGUACAACGGUCGGCGCUCCCGGCGCUCCUCCCGGAUGAAAUCCUGAGCGCGGCCCCUGCUACGCGGCCUUUGACGCCCCCCGCAGAAGAAUUGGAAACCGGCCCUAAGAAGCCCAACAAACUCCGGUUCCUUGAGAAGAGCGAACAACGCCCGAAGGAUGUGAGAAUGGGCGAUGUUACCAUCCGAGUCCUAGAUGGGGAACCUCCGCAGAAGAAGAGCAAAACGUCUUUGGCGCCAAAGUCCUCCAAAAAUGGACGCAAUGCUAGGGACAAUUGGCUGAAUAAAUCCCGUAGCACGGGAAGUGUCAAUGGCCUCAGGAGAACGAAGGGUGGUCCUUCAGGCUUUGUGCGGCGAUGA